CUCUCUCUCUCUCUCUCUCUCUCUCUCUCUCUCUCUCUCUCUCUCUCUCUCUCUCUCUCUCUCUCUCUCUCCACUAAGGGAGACCCAAUAACAGGUUUUCCUUGGGUCUUCCUCAUUUGUUGGGAGCAAUGAACGAUAGUCCCUUGGAAGUGUUGACUUUGCCUACUGCUCCAUACCCUGACCAGAGGCCUGGAACCAGUGGUUUAAGGAAGAAGGUCCAUGUUUUCCAGUCUAAGAAGAACUAUCUGCACAACUUUAUUCAAUGUGUCUUCUCCUCCAUCGACCUGCGGGACAGGCAGGGCUCCACUAUGGUGGUGGGUGGGGAUGGACGCUACUUCAAUUCGACUGCCAUCCAGGUCAUAGUGCAGAUUGCUGCUGCAAAUGGGGUGGGUCGUCUCAUAAUCGGUCAGAAUGGCAUCAUGUCCACUCCAGCUGUGUCUUGUGUCAUCAGAAAGAUCAAAGCUAUUGGUGGAAUUAUCCUUACAGCCAGUCACAACCCUGGAGGACCUGAUGGAGACUUUGGCAUUCAGUUCAAUACUGCUAAUGGAGGUCCAGCACCAGAAUCCGUGACAAACAAAAUCUUUCAAAUGUGCAGAUCCAUAGAGGAAUAUGCCAUCUGUCCUGAACUCAAAGUGGAUCUGGGAACCAUUGGCAGACAAUCAUUUGAUCUAGAAAACAAAUUCAAACCUUUUACAGUCGAAAUCGUGGACCCAGUUGAAUCCUAUGCCAACACGCUGAGAAACAUCUUUGACUUUGCUGUUCUGAAGGAGCUGCUCUCUGGAGAAGACCAUAUACAGAUCCGUUUAGAUGCCAUGCACGGAGUGGUUGGACCGUACAUAAAGAAGAUCCUGUGUGAGGAGCUGGGCUCCCCUGCAAACUCAGCCAUUAACUGCGUACCCCUGGAGAACUUUGGAGGACGGCAUCCAGACCCCAACUUGACCUAUGCUGCUGACCUUGUUGAGACGAUGAAGAGUGGACAGUAUGACUUCGGCGCUGCUUUCGAUGGUGAUGGUGACCGUAAUAUGAUCCUGGGGAAGCAUGGCUUCUUUGUAAACCCUUCAGACUCGGUCGCUGUCAUUGCUGCAAAUAUCUUCUGCAUCCCAUACUUUCAGCAUACAGGAGUAAGAGGCUUUGCUAGGAGUAUGCCCACCAGUGCAGCCCUUGACAAGGUGGCCAAAGCCACCAAGAUCCAACUGUAUGAGACACCAACGGGAUGGAAGUUUUUUGGAAACCUGAUGGACGCAGGUCGUCUUUCACUUUGCGGAGAGGAAAGUUUUGGCACAGGUUCAGAUUAUAUACGUGAGAAGGACGGACUUUGGGCAGUGCUAGCAUGGCUUUCUAUUUUAGCCACAAGGAGGCAAAGUGUAGAGGAUAUAAUGAAUGAACACUGGAGAACCUACGGCAGGAAUUACUACACCAGAUUUGACUAUGAGGAGGUGGAUUUAGAUGCAGCGGUGGAUAUGAUGUUGGAUCUUGAGCUGAUGAUUUCUGACAAGGCAUUUAUUGGACAAAUAUUUGAGGUGGGGGAAAAGAAAUACCAAGUGGAGACAGCAGACAAUUUUGAGUACAGUGACCCUGUGGAUGGAACCAUAUCAAGAAACCAGGGCCUGCGGAUCAUUUUUACAGGAGGUUCACGCAUUAUAUUUCGUCUUAGUGGGACUGAAAGUUUUGGAGCCACAGUUCGUCUGUAUAUCGAUAGUUACGAGAAAGAUGUGAACAAGAUGUUUCAAGACCCACAGGUGGCGCUGAUGGAGCUUGUUACUAUUGCCCUGCAGAUUUCACAGAUACAUGAAAGAACCGGGCGAAGUGGCCCUACUGUUAUUACAUGAUUACAUUGUCUAUGUGUUAUAUUUGCGCACAUUCUGGCCAUAUUACAUUGACGUUCUUGCUCCGUUUGGCGUAGGACAUCAAGUCACGCGAGAGCGAUUCUAAAGCAUGCGGAGCUGUCUGCUCUCGCGGUACUUUGAUGUCAAACGCAGAUCGUCUGCUCAGCACCGCAGCAAAGGCUUCCUGACAACUCUGAUUUAGGUUAUUUCCCACCUCAACCAGGGAAUGGCGUUCUUUACGUUACUCAGCAACACUACAUAUUUGAUGUUACUAAAUCUUUAGUAACUUUAAUGUUUUCAUGUUACUAAAAUACGUUUUAUUGUUACUUAAUAACGACGGUCUUGAUGUAGGAAAUAUCUUAAAUCCGAGUAACGCAGCAUAAAUUACGUAAGGUUACCAAGCAACGGUGUUCACGAGACACACGCUCACAAAAGCUUGAUCUUAAAUUCGCUGCCAAACAACGAGAUGUGAAUAAAUACGAAACUGAGAGGUAACUAUUUAUAAAAAAAAAGUUUUUAUAUGUCUUAACUGUGAAACAUGUAUUUUAUAUUACGUACUUUGUUAUAUUCCAAAUAUAAAGUCAUUAGUUACACCUGGCGAGUUGACAGUAGCUAACUAUAGUACUGUUAAAUAGAAAUGUUUUCCUUUAUGAAUGCAAAUAUUACAGAGUUGACGUCACUUGUGUGUAAAGUAGUCUAAAUAAAAAUUGUGUUUCGAUACCCUUAA